AUGAAUUCGACUAUUUCGCCUAACUGUACAUAUGAAUGGGCAACAUUGGUGGAUGAACGAUUUUGGUUGGUAACGGUUGCGGGAACCGUCGUCUCAACGAUAUCAUUUGUCGAAAAUGUCUUCUUAUUUGCUAUGUUUGUUAAAAGUCAUGCUCAUCGACAGUCACAUUCGCUAUAUCUUUUAUCACUUGCCUUUUUCGAUAUUUUACUAGCGUUUUCGUACUUCUUUCUUAUGUCAUUAUCUGUGCUGAUAGAUGUUUACGGUUCUAUGUUUCUACUUCGUGCAUGGUAUGCUUAUAAUGUGCCUUUGAAUACACUUUCGCAUGUCGGUAUGACGGCAUCGUCAUAUCUAAUAGUAGCAGCUAGUGUUGAACGUUAUUGUGUAACCGCAAAUCCCAGAAGGCUUGAAUGCUUUCAACGUUAUCGUCCAGUAAUUGUAACAGCAACAAUAUUGUUCGGAAUUACAAUUAUGGCCUCAUUUCCCUUUGAAUUUGAUGUAUAUCUCUGUUCCAUUAAUUUUUCUAUUCGUUAUGUAGAAGAAUGUGCAGGUUUAUUGACAGAAUAUGAGAUUGAUUUAUCCGUAUUGGUAAAAGAAAAUGAGGCAUACAGUUAUUGGUGGCGAUUAAUAUUUCGGAAUAUAUUCAGCGUUCUGUUACCAUUUGCUACAUUAGCAUUCAUGAAUAUACGUAUCGUUGUUGCUGUACAGAAGAUGAAACGUGUUGACAGAUCGACAAGACGUCUCAGUGAUGCACAACAGAAGAUAAGAGUGCGUGAUGCCACUCGGACUAUGCUAAUUGUCAUAUUUACUUAUCUACUUUCAAAAGUACUUAAUGUUUUUAUUACCAUAUGGGAAUAUAUUGACAAAGAAACUUUAGUGACAGAUUACUUGGAAUUUUAUAUGAUAUCUACAGAUGUGAUUUCUAUUUCUACAAUAAUCGCUGGAGCAUUUCGACUUCCAAUUUAUGUUAUAUGUCAACCGGAUUUACGAAAAGAAUUUGCAGCACCACUUUACCGUUUGCUGUACUGUAUUCCAGAUCUUCAGUUAAAAACAUAG